UCUCUGGUAACAUUUUCUGGGUGAACUUGUUCAUCUCCCUCCAUAUGGCCAGAUCUGUUCUUAUAUCGAUACUGGUUAUGUUUAUUAUUGAUCCCCAAAAAAUCAGUGGUCAAUACGAGUUCUUCAAGUUAGUUGCGUUUUGGGGGCCAUCCUUCUGCAGGGUGUACGACUGCUGGAGAGAACCACCUGUGCCCAAGUUUACGUUGCAUGGACUUUGGCCCGAUAACUACACGCGACGUCUAUAUAAUUGCGGUGGCUCCCGUUAUAUACCGCUUUCGGAUCAACGAAGUAUAAAUGCACGGGAUGACUACUGGUACGACUAUUUCUUGCUAAAUCCCCCAUCAGCAAGACGUAACUGGCGCACUCAACAAAAGUUUUGGGCCAAAGAAUGGAGUAAUCAUGGCACAUGUUCAGAAAAUGUUUUCAACCAACCAAACUAUUUUAAUCUGGCUGAGACGCUUAUGUUUAGAUAUGAUCUUAGAUCAAUACUCUUUAAUUCAAAAAAUCCAAUCCCAUUGCCAUGGCCCAGAGUUUCGGAUGUCAUGUCAGCCAUCUCCAAAGUUACUCAAGCUAGGCCAGAGUUACGGUGUAACUAUUACAUAAACGGCAACAUUUUGGUGGAGGUGGCAUUGUGCUACGAUGUCCAAGGAAGCCGAGUGAUUAAUUGUACUCGACCAGGUACAGUGUUUUGCGGUAGACGGUCAAGCAGAAUCUAUGUACCAAACAACUUUUGA